CAAAAGUGAAUGUAUUUGGUUAUAUUUUUGGACGGAGAGAGUAUAUUACUAGCAAUGUAGCAUAUAUAGGUAUAGACCAAACAUAUUAGGCAUACAUGGAAUUAGAAAUGGAGUGGAUGGAUAAAAUCAAUGAGGAGGUAAAGAACAAUGGUCAUGAUGAGAAGGAACAAUGGAGGAAGCAUUCAAUUUACAAAAUACCUUCACAAAUCACGGAUUUGAACGAAAAAGCCUACAAACCACGAGCAAUUUCCUUUGGUCCUUACCAUAAUGGGGAGGAGAAAUUAAAGGCUAUGGAAGAACACAAGCAUAGAGUCCUUGUUCAUUUCUUAAAGAGAUGUAAGAAACCUAUUGAGUUGUUAUUUCAAUGCUUGGAUCAAGUGGCUCAAGAGUUGAGAGACUCGUAUAAGCCACUAGAUCUAAUUUGGACAAAUGACACUCCAAAAUUCAUUCAAAUGAUGAUUCUUGAUGGUUGCUUCAUUUUGGAGUUUUUGAGAGUAGAUAAUUCUGAAAUUCCAUUUGACGACUAUGGUGAGAAUGAUCUUGUGUUUGGUAAACAUGGGAAUCUUCAUGUGUUGCCAUUUGUAGAGCGUGACAUGCUUAUACUUGAGAAUCAAAUACCUAUGAUAGUUCUUCAUAUAUUAAGUGAGUUUGCGGGUGAGGGAGAUCAUCAUGAGUUAAACAUGAAAAUCAUAAAGUUGUUAAACCCAAUAUUCAUAGAAGAUACCCCCUCUAACGAGAAAAUCAUAGAGUUGGGGAAAUGCAUGCAUAUAUUGGACUUGUACAGAAAAACUUUGAUACAAGAACCAAGUCACACAACACCCAUCCCCAAAUUAACAAGGGCGCAGCAAAGAGAAGAAGAUAUUUCAAAAAAAUUAGGCUGGAAUACAUUUCCAAGAGUCCAAGAGUCUGGAAUACAUUUCCAUAAAAGUAAAACAAGUAGCCUCAGGGAUUUUUGGUUCAGCGAAGGUGUUCUUUGGCUCCCAAGAUUGAUCAUAGACGAUAACACAGAAUACAUGUUCCUUAACCUCAUGGCAUUCGAGCGCCUCCACAAUGGAGCUGGUAACGAGAUAACAUCGUUUAUAUUGUUUAUGGACGCCAUUGUUGAUAGUGUGGCGGAUGUUUCAAUCCUCUAUGGAAAGGGGAUCCUAGUGAACACUUUUGGGACAGAUGAAACUGUUGCCGAAUUGUUCAACUCAAUGUCCAAAGAAAUCCCAAAAGCAUACGAUAAAAAAAUAUAUAACGUGACGGCGGAUAUAUAUUACUUUUGUGGUACUAAACCAUGGAAACGUUGGCGUGCUAGUCUCAUCGAAACCUAUUUUAGGAACCCUUGGACUAUGGUGUCUCUUGUUGUUGGAAUAAUCUUUUUUGUUCUAACUAUUGUUCAGACUAUAUACACUAUUCUUUCAUUUUAUCAUGAUUGCUAG